GUUGUCUCUCCUCCCCCCGAGAGAGAGAGUGGAAGAGGAGCGGGAGCUUCAUUCAGGCUGCCAACAGAGAAGAGAAGAGUCACUGCCGGUGCUGCUGCUGCUGCUGCUACUUGGUGGUGGUGGUGUUGGUGGUGUUGGUGGUGGUGGAAGGCGACCGACAAAGUGAUCACCUUGCAACGAAGUCAAUUCGAGAAGCAACGGGCAGAGAAGAAGAAAGCGGCGUCGGCGAUGUCGAAGCACCAAAAGGACGGGAUCCGCACGGCGGACGGGCACCUGGCGGACGGCAGCUGGGAGCUGUCGGUGACCAUCACGGACCUGGAGCGCCCCGUGACGGUGCGGCUCAAGGGGGACCUACACAUCGGCGGCCUCAUCCUCAGGAUCGUACAGGCCGCCGACGAGCAGAGGGACUGGUCGGACCACGCCCUCUGGUGGGAACAUCGCAAGCUGUGGCUGCUCAAGCACCCGUGGACGCUGGACAAGUACGGUGUGCAGGCUGACGCCGUGCUCGUGUUCACGCCGCAGCACAAGCUGCUGCGCCUGCAGCUGCCCAGCAGCAAGCGCGUGCGCGUCACCGUCAGCUUCUCCGACCCCGUGUUCCGCGCCGUCGCCGAUGUCUGCCGCACGUGCAACAUCCGGCACCCAGAGGAGCUGUCUCUGCUCCGCAAACCGGACAACCCAACCAAGAAGAAAAAGAAGAAGGACAAAGAGACGACGGACGACUUCCUGGAGCCACUCAUCCAGGCCAGCGGCAAAGGCACGCAGGGCCUGUACAGCAAGACGAUGACACCCAUGUACGACACGAAGGACGGCACGCCGCUGGCCAGCACCGUGCAGUGGUUCGGCAGCGACGGGCUGACGGACGGGGGCCUCUCCGUGCUGGCCACGAGCGAGGCGGCGCCGGCCGACGUUCUGGCGCGACGCUACCGCCAAGAAUCGCUCACCGACAAGGCCCGCAUCAACGGCGGAUGGCUGGACUCCUCGCGCUCCCUCAUGGAGCAGGGCGUGAAGGAGAAGGACUCGUUACUGCUCAGAUACAAAUACUUCUGCUUCUUCGACAUAAAUCCGAAGUACGACGCCAUCCGGAUCAACCAGCUGUAUGAGCAGGCACGCUGGGGUAUCCUCCUGGAGAAGGUGGACUGCACGGAGGAGGAGAUGAUGAUGUUCGCCGCCCUGCAGUACCAUAUCAGCAAGCUGUCUGCGUCACCGGAGAUUCGCAAGGUGGAGAGUGAACCGGAUGUGGAUGCGGUGGAUUCAGCCCUCAGUGACCUCGAAGUGGCUUUGGAGGUCAACAACCCAAGCAUUCCCCUGGGAGAUUUAACCUCCAUCCCACAGCUCGAUGAUUACAUCAAGGUGUUCAAGCCCAAGAGGUUGACGCUGAAGGGCUACAAGCUCUACUGGUGCGUCUUCAAGGACACCUGCAUCACCUGCUACAAGAACAAGGAGGACAGCGCGGGGGUUCCUCUGCAGACCAUGAACCUCAAGGGCUGUGAGGUUGCACCCGAUGUCAACAUCUCUGGACAGAGGUUCAACAUCAAACUGAUGAUCCCGGUUCCCGAAGGCAUGAAUGAAAUCUGGCUGCGCUGUGACAAUGAGGAGCAGUACGGCCGCUGGAUGGCGGCGUGCCGCCUUGCCUCCAAGGGCAAGACGAUGGCGGACAGCUCGUACCACGGCGAGGUGGACAGCAUCCUGUCCUUCCUCCGCAUGAAGCAGAUCAGCCCCGACGUCCAGAUCUCCAGCCAGAGCAUCAGCGCCGCCGACAUGACGCCCGAGUGCUUCGUGUCGCCGCGCUACGCCAAGAAGAUCAAGACGAAGCAGCUUGCCGCUCGCAUCAUGGAGGCUCAUCAGAACGUGGCCAACCUGGCCUUAGUGGAGGCCAAGAUGAAGUUCAUCCAGGCAUGGCAAUCGCUGCCCGAUUUUGGCAUCGCUCACUUUGUCGUGAGGUUCCGUGGCAGCAAGAAGGAUGACGCCCUGGGCAUCGCGUACAACCGCAUCAUUCGGCAGGACGUGAACACGGGCGAAGCCAUCAAAACCUGGCGCUUCAACAACAUGAAGCAGUGGAACGUCAACUGGGAGGUCAAGCAGGUGAUCAUCGAGUUUGACGAGGAGGUGAAGAUCGGCUUCAACUGCAUCAGCGCCGACUGCAAGGUGGUGCACGAGUACAUCGGGGGCUACAUCUUCAUGUCGACGCGCUCCAAGGAGCAGGACGACAAUCUGGACGAAGAGCUCUUCCACAAGCUGACCGGCGGCUGGGAGUGAACUCCAGCGCAGGGGCGACACCUCCGUUGCAAUCCCCUCCAAAGCCACACAGAGACCGGCGCAGCCGAGGAGGGGCACGUGGGGGCUGCUUCGUUUCACACCCCUAUCCAUUUACCCGACUCUGGCAGCAAGAGCACCCGAGACUUUGUUGCUCAAUGCAAGAGAAAGUUCGCAAACAAAGCCCAGGCCAACUCCACCUUAAUUCCAGCAAAGGUUACUUGUCAAAUGUCUGCAAUGUGUGCAUCCUCGUCACGUCUUAAAAGGCAAUGUUGUAUUACCUCUGCAAUUUGGUGCCGCUGCCUUCGAUAUUCUGGUGGCAGUUCAACUUUAAGCCAGUGUGAGUGUCUGAUCUCACAUCACUGUUCCAAUCCUUGCCUCUUGUUGCCACCAUCCAGUGUAUAGUUUCUGUACACCCACUGGCUGCCCAGUUGUAUGUACAUAUGUUGAACUUCUUUCGCACUGUACGUAGCCAACCGUGAUAAUAGGAAAUGAGUUUUUAAUCUAAAUUUAAAAGUGCAUAACUCCAGUGGCUUCCUAAUAUCGGAAGGAAGAGCGUUUAAGACGGCCGCAAAAGUGCAUCUGAAAGUGCACGAUGCGGUGGCUGUCUUUCUUCCAUGGCCAGCCAAAAACUGGCCAGUUGAUAUUCGCCUGUUUACCCUUGUGCUCAAGCGAGUUAUUUUCCCAGCGCAUUCUUCUACAGACAUUUGACUCCGAACGUGGUCACGCCGGUCAGCCCACUGGAUCUCAAUCGCUGUGUAAACUUUGCCCACACAUGGGGGUGAAGGCUGCUGGAGUGCAACGUCUUGUGAUUGCGUGUUUCGCUUCGGCACACACGAUCAACCGACUGUAUCACGCAUAUAUGUAAGAGCAUAUAUUUUUACCGCAUCCGGAGAAGCAUUUUGAACGCCACGCUUGAUUCUGAAAGCAUAAAUGGCAGCUUUGAUCUUGACCAAAAACGUGGUGUUUGUGACAAAUCUGGGAAGACAAUUCUAAAUUGAAGAAUCUGCAAGAAACCGGCGAUGUUGAAUGCGUCAUGCCUGUCUUUGUAAUGUUGCAUUUUUAUUGCGAUCGUCUUGAGCAGUAGCCCAGUAAAUAUGCAACGUUGGCCCUACUUCGGCAUGUGCUUGGAUCAACAUUGCCACCAGCAUUUCAUGUUUAAUUGCAAGAUACCUUUUAGUCAAUGGUGUAUCACAAACAGUAUUUGUGAAUCUGUAGCAAGGCCUAUGCAGUAGAUCAAAUCUGAUCGAGAUGUUGCCAUAAAAUAAAUUGCAGGUGCUCACGUGAAUCCAACUGUUACUUUUUAGGACAUCAGCAUUUGUCGAAAUGUUUCUUUUUUACUAUUUCCUUUUUUUAUUGGUAUGAAAGUGUUUACAAUAAAAUAUCUGAAAAUUA